AAAAGCAACGAACCCUAACAACGUUCAAGCAAGCCAUCAAACCUAUCAACACACAAUCGAACCCACAUACCAACACUUGUUUGCCAACCUUCCAGCCUGGCUGCUUGUUGCGUAGAACGCAACACAUGUAUUUGUGCGUAUGUGUGUGAACGAGGGUGCCUGUGUAAAUGUCGCCGUUAAACAGUAUCACUAAAGCAUAAAGAGAGCAGAACCAGAACAGAAGAGGAAGUGUUUGCUUUAUUUUUUCAACGUUGCGUUGCCAGACUAUAAUGCCCCCCCAUAAGUAAGCACGUGUGUUUGCAAGACUAGUGUUUGUGAGUGCGUGCGUGCGUGCGUUUCUAUAUCUUGUCCAUGCAAACAAACUUGACAACGUUUGUGUUUGUUGUGCUAAAUAUUGUUUUUGUUGCUGCAAGGAUUCCCACCGCUUUAUAUUGAGGCCUCAAUGUUUUUUUUUUUUUAUUAACUUCACCUCUUGCUUUUCUCAUGGCGCGGUGUAAAUGAAUGAAUGAGAGUGCGUUUUGGCUCUCAACCCACCUCACUAAGAAACACAACAAAUGCGUUGAAAGACCGACCCAUUGUUUUUGUGUGUGCCUGAGUGUGAGUGCUGUUAUGUAGUGUGGUUCAAACACAUUGUUUACGCACUGCUACCCCCUCCAGCCAUUCUUCACAUCGGCGGCAUAGGCAACAAAAAGGUUUGAAUAUUUUGUGCUAACCAUUUGCAAAGCCUUGCAAUAACAAAUCACAUUAUGAUGCUGCACGAAGCUGUUAUGUUGGAAAUCUAUCGUCAGGCGUUGAAUGCAAGUGAACUCGCCAGUCCCCGCUGUCAAUCACGCGAAUCCAAUGCAUCGCUAUCGGGCAACAAUGAAGCACGAUGCCCCUCAAAUGAAUCGCAUUACUCUGUCAAUGAGACACACACAUCGGGUCAAACGCCCACCCCUACAACACCACCAGUGGGCCUGCCAUUGCCAGCGACAUUGCCGCCUGCUGCAGCGGCAGCUCUGUUGCCACCACAAUCUGCAGCAAUGGCAGCAUAUUUUAAUGCUGCUGCGGCGGCGGCAGCACAACAAAAUCACUUAUUGCUGACAAAUCCUUUGGCUGCGGCAGCCUCUUUGGUGCAACAGGCAACACAGCAUCAACAACAUCAACAACAGCAGCAGCAGCAACAUUCCUCCCAUUCCCCCAGCACAACACAUCAGGCUGCCACACCAACACCAGCCGAUGCCACAGCAGCAGCAGGAGUAGCUGGUGGUGCAACAACACCACCAACAGGUGAUGUGUUGGAUACAUCAGCCUUGGAUUUCAGCACCAAACGUGGCCGACGGAAUACCCAUGAUUAUGGAAAUGCCAGCGAGGAUGAUGAGGAUGCCGCAGUCUGUGAUGUGGAUGCCGAUGAUGAUAGGGCGGCUGCUGGCGGCGGUGGUGGUGCAAGAAAUGAUAACGAUGCCGAUAUUAACAACGAUAAUGAAACGGAUGACGUGAAUAGUCCAUUAGAUUUAUCGCUGAAUAAUGGACGCAAACGUCAAGUAGGUGAUGAGAACGAACAGGAGGAGGAGGAGGAGGAGGAAGAACCUGUUCGUAGGCCCAACCGAAAAUUAGCACGUUCGAAUGAUUACAAAUCAUUGCCGGCCUCCAGCACUUGGGUGCCACCAAUUAAUCCCUACUUGGCUGCCGUGGCCGCGGCCAGCAUGUCACCAAAGACACCGCUCUCCUUGGACUGGAAUGCAAAAACGAAAAUAUCACCAAAUGAGGCAACCAAAGCUCUAGAGAAAAUGACUGAGAUGACAAGACUUGGGGCGGCGGCAGCAGCCCUCCCUGCCGCCGAUGCAGAGACACCCACCCGGCAUUCGGCAAACUCCGUUAGCUCGUCGCAUGGCAGCAACAGCUCAGGGACGCCCUCGAAUGGACGCCAUAGUGCCUGGCAAUCGCAUUGGCUUAACAAGGGAGCCGAUGCUGUCAAGGAUGUCUUCAAGUGUGUGUGGUGCAAGCAAAGCUUUGCCACACUCGCCUCCCUGACCACGCACAUGAAGGAGACCCAGCACUGUGGUGUCAAUGUUCCUCCUACAGUGGCUGCGGCCAAUGCCUCGGCCUCUGUCUAUGCCUCACAUCAAGCGGGCAAUCAGGCAGCUUCAUCCCAUUCCCAUCAUGCCCGUCAUACGGGCAGCAACACGCAACCCAUAACGGCAGCCCAUAGUCCAGCAUCCGCAUCGAAUGUCGGCAAAUCAGAUCUAAACAUGCUAAUCAAAGAAACGAUGCCACUGCCACGCAAAUUGGUGCGUGGCCAAGAUGUGUGGCUGGGCAAAGGAGCCGAACAAACGCGCCAGAUACUCAAGUGUAUGUGGUGUGGCCAGAGCUUCCGUUCCCUGGCCGAGAUGACCAGUCACAUGCAAGAGACUCAACACUACACCAACAUCAUAUCCCAGGAACAAAUCAUCUCUUGGAAGUCCACCGAUGAUAAGGGAUCCUCAUCAUCGUCGAGGGAUAACAGUAGCAGCUGUGGCAGCAACAGCAAUCGCGGCUGUCCCAGCACCAAUUCGAUCAACACGAAUGCGGCCCCCUCGCCUCAACCCCCAUUGACGCCCAAUGCCAAUGCCACUGUGAGCGCAGUGCUGACAUGCAAGGUAUGCGAACAGGCCUUCCCCACGCUCAAGGAGCUGAGUGCCCACAUGCUGAAGAACAAUCACUAUACGGAGCACAUGAUGCGAACGGCUGGGGGUGGGGGUGCCGCGAGUGCUUCUCCUGUGGAAAGUGCUCCCACUAUGAUACGCAGCCGCAGCAGGCAGGGUGGCAAGGGCGAGAAGCGUAAGAAGUCUCUGCCUGUGCGCAAGCUGCUGGAAUUGGAGAGAGCCCAGCAGGACUUCAAGGCCUCGAACAUGGACCAGGCUUUGACACCUCUGAGAGAGUUUAAGGCCACCACAAAGCUGCAGUGCGAAACCUGUGGCGAAAAAUUUGGCCUGGACAUUUUUGUUGAACAUAUCCGGCAGUGUAUAGCCCGUUCCAUGCAAAUGGAAAUGUCGGCUCCCAAUGCCAGUCACGAGGAGCAGAUGAAGUCGCCAUAUCUACAGCCCCCAGGGGUGCCAGAAUUUGCCCAUAGUCCCAAGACACCGCAAAGUCGCAGCGAAAGCCGCCGAACGAUGGAAGACAAUGCCUCCCCCCUAUCGGCCAGCGGCCGAGCAGAUAUCAUUUGUCCUUUGCCUUCGGACUCGGACAAAUCAUCCAGCGGUACCUCGGUGCUUAACGCUUUGGAACAAUUGAUUGAGAAGAGUUUUGAUGCCAGACCCCGCCAUGCGGCCGCCUUUGGGGCAGAGGGUUCCUCCAACACCCCCUUGGGUUCCAGCAUACUAAAGCGCUUGGGCAUCGACGACAAUGUGGACUACACCAAACCCCUAAUGGAUCCCCAGACCAUGCAGUUCCUACGUUCUUAUUCGGGUUAUGCGGCCUCCUCCAGUCGAGAUCGCAGUGCCAGUGAGAGCAGUUCCAUAUCAGAGAGGUGCAGCAGCCGCCUGGAAUCGUUUACGCCUGAACGUAACUAUGAGCAAACCAGGCAACCUACACCGCGCCUGACCCCCGACAAAUUCAAUCACAAUACCAAAGAAUCAUCAUAUCCCUUAAGAAUCAAAUCAGAGCCGGUGGAUUGUAGUGAGGCUAGGGCAGUAGGUGGCGGAGCAGAGCAAGAGCCGUUACAGGAAAUGCCCAAGAAAAUUUCGGUUAAAAAGGAAUUCUCCAUGACCGAGGAGCUGGAGCCCGAAGAUUAUGCGAAAGCAAAGGAUGGUGCAAAUAGCACGGAAAUGCCCAGAUCCCACAGUCCCAGUGAGAUCAGUGAGCGCUCCAUAACCCCCAAGUCGGUGGGUGAGCGCAAGCCUUUGGUUGGCCUGCCAGAAAGCAGCAGCCUAAGUGCUCUCUCCUCCAUGUUCAACAAUUUGGGCAACAUGCAGCACACCAAUGUGGCUACAAAUUUGGAAAUGAACAACAAUUCAAGCGCCAAUUCUACUCCCACCACCACCACCACAGCGGCGAGUGCCACACCAAACAAGAAAUCCAAUGCCAAUCCUUUGGCAGCUCUGCAAAAGCUUUGUGAUACCAAUGAGAAAUCAUCAAAUCCACGCAGCUCCUCGGGCAAUAUGCUGUUGCACUCACAAUCACCCAACUCGCAAUCCCCGGCGAAUGGCACCAACGCCGCCCCAGUGACAAGUGGCAAUGGCAGCUCCGGCAUGCUGGCCUUUAGCUGGGCCUGCAAUGAUGCCAUGAUGACAGCCACUGAUGCCGUGAUUAAAUGUUCCUUCUGUGAUACACCGUUUAGCUCAAAGGGUGCCUAUCGGCAUCAUCUCUCUAAGGUGCAUUUCAUCAAAGACGAACCGGAUGUCAUAAGUCUCAAAUCUCCGGGGGCGGCCAGCUCCAACUCACCCAAGUCCCAGACGACUUCGCCACGCAGCAUAACAUCGGCCAAGAGUCCAGCAGCACAGCGAUCGGCCGCCAUAACACCACCGUCCACCUCCAUGUCAAGUGCUGCAGCAGCAGCAACCGUUAAUCCCUACGAUGAGAGUCCUCAAUCGAAAUUUUUGAAAUACACCGAAUUGGCCAAGCAGUUGUCGAGUAAGAAUGCCUAAGUGGGCACAACGACAUCAAGCAAGGACUAGAGGUAUGGUAAAAAAGUAGAUUUUAAGAAAUUUUGUAUAUAGAAAACAAUGGCUAUUUAAGAACAUAAUCAAGUGUCAAGGGUGAAGAAGAGUUUUAUUGUUCGAAGUUGCAAAGAAGAGGUUCGAAGUUGCAAAGAAGAGCGAAAAGUG